GGAACUACGAAGUGAAAGCAAUGAUGUCAGUUGAAGCUAGCAGUCCGUCCGAGCCUAUAUUGAAAUCUUUCACUCUCGAAGAUGAGCAGCUCGAGAAUUCUGCUUCUGAUGAAGUGAAAAAGGCGUUUAAUAAACCAUCUUCGGCUGAUAUGUUAUUCUUUUAUGAACGAUUACUACCUUUCCGUCACAUUUUUCAAUGGUUGAACCAUUCUCCAAAGCCUACGCAAGAUUUCGUGAAAAGAGAAUUUGCCUUUGAGUAUUCUUCGGGUGCUUAUCAACGUUAUAACUCUUUCCCUACUCAGGUUGACUUCAAAAAAGCGGUGGUCACUGCUAAUCCUACCCGUUUUGAAGUUGGUGCAGUUUAUACUGUGAAUCCCAAAGAAAGAAAAAACUUACCCAAAUCUGCUAUGAAGCCUUUGAGUAAAGAAUUGGUGUUUGAUAUUGAUUUAACUGAUUACGAUGAAAUCAGAACAUGUUGUUCAGGAACGGAUAUUUGUGUUAAAUGUUGGAAAUUCAUUCAAGUAGCUUCCCAAAUUAUAGAGCUUGCAUUAAGAGAAGAUUUUGGUUUUAAACACUUAAUUUGGGUUUUCUCCGGUAGAAGAGGGGCCCAUUGUUGGGUUAGUGAUUCUAGAGCUAGACAAUUAGAUGAAGUUGGCAGAAGAUCGAUAGUUGAAUAUCUUGAUAUUUUAGGUUCAAAACAAAAUAAAAUGGGUAAAAAAUCAUUUAAUUUGAAAAAACCAUUCCAUCCUCAUGUUGAAAGAUCUUUUGGUGUAAUGGCUAAACAUUUUACUGAAAUAGUUCUACAAGAGCAAGAUCCUUGGUAUACCCAACCUUCCGAUGACAAAAAAGGUAAAAAUUGGGAGCAGGUCGAAGAAUUAUUAUCUUAUUUACCAGAUAAAACUUUACAACAAGAAUUACGUCUUAAAUGGCAAAAUAGCUCUAAAAUAUCAACAUCAAAGGAUAAAUGGGAUGAUAUUAACGUUGUAGCUCAAAAGGUUUUAAAAUCCCAGAAUCAAGCUGCAUACUUGAAAGAAGCAAAAAAAGACAUUGUGGUUUAUUAUUUAUACCCAAGGUUGGAUAUAGAAGUUUCUAAACAAGUGAUUCACUUGUUGAAAUCUCCAUUCUGUGUUCACCCUGGUACCGGUAACGUUUGUGUUCCUUUUAAUCCUAAAAAGAACUUAUCAAGUAAUACUGAGGAUGAUGAAUAUGGUUUCAAUCCAACAAACUCGCCUAAUUUGAGACAAUUGCAAAACGAAAUAGAAAUAUACGAUACUAAACGGGUGAAUCGUGAAUCCAGCCAACCAUUGGAUGAGUCUGAUUCCGAACUUGACAACAACAAUCUCAGAAUUGCCGAUUAUGAGAAAACCAGCUUAAAACCAUACGUUGAUUAUUUCGGUAAAUUUGUCCAGGAAUUACUUAAAGACGAAAUGUCAGAAUCUAAAAGAAAUAGAGAAGAUGAUCCAUUAGACUUCUGACUUUCUUCCACAUUUAUUAUCUUUUUCUUGUAUACUAAGGC